GUGAUUCUUAAGGGUCCCAGCCUUGCUUCUGGGACCCUGCUCUGCUUUCUUUCAGGGUGGAGAUGGAGUGCCAGGGAAGUGGGGGCAUCCCUGAGGGUGGGUGGGGUGGUGGCCAUGUGCGCAGGUCAGUGCCCAGUGCCUGGAUCCAUGAAGACCCCACCUGGCCCCAGGUUCUGCUGCCCCCCAGGCACUUCUGCUGAGCCGAGAUGGAAAACUUCCAGUACAGUGUCCAUCUGAGUGACCAGGACUGGGCUGAGUUCUCAGCCACUGCUGAUGAGUGUGGCCUCCCACAGGCCAGCCUGGCUUCUGGGGAUGAGCUCUUAUCUAGUGACAUUGACCAAGGGGACAGCAGUGGCAGCAGUCCCCCUGGGCCCCCCUCCUUCUUCACUGGGCAACUGGCUCCAGCAGGGAGGGGUUGGCAGAGCUGUGAGGAGGAGGAUGAUGACGUGGCCACCCAGCAGCUGGUCAGCAGGUCUCAGUGUGAGCCUGUCCUGGCCCUGGGGGCCUGUCAGCAGACACCCGGCACGUCCACACAGUCAGAAGCUCGACCGUCCCUCGGCUCUGGUGCCACCCCUCUGGGCCAGAGCUCACCCGUCCUGUGGCCAGAGUCUUCUGGAGACGACAUGCAGCGACUUUUGAAGGGCCCUGCUCCCAGCCCCCCUGGUGAGCCCCCUCCGAGUCCUGAGUCCCCUGGCCGCAGUCCUGGAGGCCCACCACGGAGCCCUAGCCGAAAGAAGAGGCGAGCUGUUGGUGCAAAAGGGAGUGGGCGCUUGGGAGCCCCUGGCCCUGCUCCUGCCCAGCUGGAGACCAGACCUGAGGAGGGCCCUGGUCUGGCUGGAUCCAGGGAGAAGAGUCCUGUGGCUGAGAUGACAAAGGUCACAGGAGAAGCUGGACAGGACAAAUGGGGGUCAGGCUCUUUAGAAAGUCCUCCUGAGCAGGUUGCCCAGCAAGGGUCAGGUGUGGACCUGUCUACAUCUGUCCCUGUAAGUGAGCAAGGUGUACAUGGAGUCAGAACAACUCACGGUGCUCAGCUACUCAUGGCACUCACACCUGUGCAAGAGGCUCAUCCGGACGUUUCAGUGGCUAAGCCAGAUGUGGCUGUGUCUACACCUGCCUGUGAGCCUCAACCUCGAGCAGAUGUAGCUGUGUCUACACCUGCCUCCAAGCCUCAAGCAGAGAAAGCUGUGUCUACACCGGCCUCUAAGCCUCAAGCAGAUGUGGCUGAAUCUACACCUGCCUCCGAGCCUCGACCAGACCUGACUGUGUCUACACCUGCCUCCAAGCCUCAAUCAGACAUAACUGUAUCUACACCUGCCUCCAAGCCUCAAGCGGACAUAGCUGUGUCUACACCUCCCUCCAAGACUCAGCUUCGAGCAGAUGUGGCUGCAUCUACACCUGCCUCUGAGCCUCGAGCAGACGUGACUGUGUCUACACUUGCCUCUGAGCCUAGACUAGCUGUGGACCCGCCUAUAGCCAGCCCAGUGGUCAAGCCAGCAGAGGCUUCACCUGCACCUGUUUCAGAGGCUGUGCCGGACACAGCCCCACCUCACUCUGUUUCCAAGGCUGAGUCUGAUGUGGAUGUGUCUACACUUACUCCCAGAGCUAACUCUGCCACUCCCUGCUGGCCCCCUCUUCCCCAGGCUGGACCUGAUGUGGUGGAGACAAAGGUGGUAUUUCCGGGGGGACACGGAGAGAAGCCCAGAGAGGAGUCCUCAGCAGGGGCCCCUGGACACCACUCAGGGGAGUUCCCCCUGGGCCCUGUUCCAGCCCCCAAGAGGAAAAAGGUACGAUUUAACAUGGCUGUGUCCAGCCCCGAGGAGCCAGAGCCAGGAGAAGCCUCGUGCCGACCGUUACUAGCCACAGCCCACUCUUCAGCCUCCAGGAUGGCAACUGGGGGCCGUGGCGGGCCUGGAGCCUGGGAUGCUGUGGCAGUCACGCCCCGGUCCCCCCAGCCUCGGAUCCUCAAGCACCUGCCACCCCUUGCUCCCUCUGCCUCAGCGGGGCCGGGGCCCAGGAGCUGCUUUGCAGUAACCCUCCCCGAGGCCUAUGAGUUCUUUUUUUGUGACACCAUCGAGGAAGAAGAUGAAGAUGCUGAGGGGGUGGCAGCGGCCAGCCAGACCACGGCUGAAGUCCAGUGGCCAGAUAUGUGCGAGUUCUUCUUCCAGGACUGCCAAGCCCAGAGGUCGAGGCAGAGGAGGGGCCGCUCUGCGGCCCCGCCUCUGAGAGCUGAGCCUGGGCCAGCCUCCCCACAGGCUGCAGACACCAUGCCCAUCUCCAUCCCUGAGGCCUAUGAACACUUCCUUGGGGAGGACAAGUGCGGGAGUGUGCUGGGGCCAGCCACCCUCCUCCAGCUGCAGAACUCAGAGACUCCCAGGCUAGUCUUCCAGGGAGCGGGGCCUAGGACCCCACUCACGCCUGGCUCAGCCACAGCAGAGCAGCUUGGCCUGGCAGUCGGGCAGGCAGGGGAGCUCCGGAGUCCCCUCACCUCGUUUACCUUUAGCCAGAAUGACAUGUGCCUGGUGUUUGUAGCCUUUGCCACUUGGGCUGUGAAAACAUCUGAUCUGCAUACUCCAGAUGCCUGGAAGACAGUGUUGCUGGCCAACCUCGGCACCAUCUCUGCCAUCCGCUACUUCCGCCGGCAGGUGGGGCGCGGGCGCCACAGUCCCAGCCCCAGCCGCAGCCCCAGCCCCAGCUCCAGCUCCAGCUCCUAG